AUGUUCAUCCCCUUCCCAUACACCGGCGCUCACUACGAGGAGUACUGCAUUCACCACCACGUACCAACCAACGGCCCUUGGAUCAGCUUCCCUGGUCCUUGGGGUGGCCCUGUGCCAUCUCACUAUGCACCCCCUUACGGUCCUUAUCUUCCGCAAGUUGGGGGCUACACCUACGGAGGUUUCGCUGCUGGACAAGUUCCUGGCUUGAUGCCGCCCAUGCUGGGAUUUGGUGGUAGCUUUGGGAUUCGUGAUGAGUUUGGUAUUCAGAGGGGCGAUUGGGCUGGGCCGUAUUGUGGAGGCAGACUCAUCCCCUUCCUUCCCUCAUCCUCCUCAACUCCACCUCCUGCUCCUCGUCUUCCUACCCAACAAGUCGGCACAUAUACAUCUCUCAACUCGAUAACUCCUGGCCUAUGA